UUAUCCCAAUGUUUUUACUAUCUCACAGGAUGACCCAGAUCACUCGCGAAAAUCUGACAGAGAGGACAGCAAUGAAACAGAACAUCUCAAUCACUAUAGAUGGAUACGAAACUGGAGGAAAACCAGUUUGAACGUGGAAUCAAACCAGAAGCGUUUGUUUUCCGGUGACUCGAUCACAGGGACCAGAUCAAAGAGGAGGACGACAGUGAGUGAACUGCAAGUCCACGAGCAGGUGGAAAAGGAAAACCAGGGCACAGUGUUGCAGAGAAGACAACUGAAUGAUAAUAAAAGCCAUGGCAUAGUUGAAGCAAACAAGUCAAGUCAACGUCAUGGUCUGCUAGAACUUCCAAAUCAGAGAUCAAGGACCAAAAGACAUUCAUCACUUACCAGUAAGCAUGAAAGUUCGAGGGUAAAAGUGUUAAUCGUCCCCUCUUCAUCUGUUAAUCCAGAUGCAUUCACUGAGUCACGUCGGUCUUCUAGUCAACAACAGGUAGAUAACGUGCGAAAAUUGAAUGAGCUUAGCUUGUCCGAUGAAAUUCAGUCCGUAAAACACCACUGGCCUUUCAGAAGGCGGAUACUCCCUGGAACCAAGAAAACCGAAUCCUUUCAGAGUGACCCCAACCGACGACCAUAUGUAACUGAGAGCACACGCUUGAUUGCCACAAUGUUUCGCAAUCCGAUCUCCGCGCUUUUGGAAGAGCAUGCAACACAGGAACUUUCGGCGGGAAAAAGCACUACUGUUGGUCAGUCAGAACCUGAUGACACUAGUUAUCAAAACUCCAGAAUGACUGAAGUUCCAUCUCCAUAUCUUGUCUGGUUGCCAGAAUCACCAGUGGAUCAAUGCAGUCCGGACGAAUACCACUGGAAUCAUGCUGUGAUAUAUCGGUACCUUUUUACCCGAGAUAUGGAGCGAACAUCCCUCUUCAACCCGGAAUUCCUGAAGCAGAACUCACUCACAGAAGACAUUCGAGCCACUUUAUGUGACUGGAUGAUCAAGGUUCAACAAUAUUUGAAACUUCGGACAGAAACUCUCCAUCUGGCUGUCAGCAUUGUGGAUCAAUACACGUGGCUGAAGAAGAACAUGAAUCCAAUAGAUUACCAACUGGUCGGAAUCACCGCCCUGUUCGUCGCCGCGAAAUUUGUCGAGAGAUUUGCGCCCUCAUCGGCAACCUUGUGUUAUCUAACGGAGAACUCUUACAAGCCAAGACAAGUGCUUGACUUCGAACACAGUCUGCUUCGCAAACUCGACUUUGAUUUGACAAUUCCGCUGCCCCAUCAUUUCCUAACACGUGCCGUUCUCGCUUGUUCCGAUCUGACCACAAUAGAAAAAGCUAAGGUUGAGUUAAUAAGCUGCUAUCUUUUCGAACUAUCCUUGACGGAAACAUCGAUCGUUGGAUUCUCUGCGAGUAUCCGCUGUGCUGCUGCGGUGAGGCUAGCACGUCACUUGAUAGAUUUGGAACGCAUCCGUAUACAACAAACUCGAAGUUCCAGUCCACUCCUCUUACAUCCAGAUCGACAGCAAGUGGAACCCUGGCCCGAAAUACUGAUUCGAAGUGUAGGUCACGGGGACACACCUCGGUUACGAGCCGUUUGUCUCACUUAUGUUCGUGCUUUGAGACGAUUCAAAACUGGUUUUUCCUCUACUACUGAGAAAUUCGAAGCAGCGUUUCACAAAUUUAGUAAUCGCGGUUAUAAAGGCGUCGCUCAGUGCCCUACAAUCAAAUACUGUGAACUUGACAAUAUUGAAAGGUCGCUAUGCUCUUCGUCAUCUUCAGAGCCCAACUCUUAGUCACACUCGAAAGUGGUAAACUGACCAGAAUAGUCCUUUUCUGUCGAGAGACCUCAAGGCUUUCGCCGAGCUGUAAAAUCAUCAUCCUACCACCCGCCACCCACGGCACUCUUCAUGCAAUGAACCUCGGCCGCUGUCGUCAGUAAUUUUCUCCAAAGCAUAUUAUUUUCUUUCAGUUGUCUUGGUAUUCUUUUAAAAUUUGCCAUGAAAAAUUUGUUUCUUUUUUAUUAUAAAUUCCGU